UCCAGGAUCAAAGCUUUGAGCUUUGGAAAAGAGUCGAGGGAAACAGACAUGGCGGCUAACUGCGCGAGGCGAACCCUACAAUUCUCUUCAGCUUCUGCAAAAACCAUUCUGUCCCGUCCACCGUCUUCACCUUUCGCCUCCAAUGCUUCUAAGCUGACCGAAUUCACUUCCCUCAAGCCUGCUUCUGCUCCUCGACUCGCUGCCCAGAAGCUCAAGUUCUCAAGGCUUCCGGUGGAGUUAGGCGGUGCGCAGUCAUUGAUCCCGUUGCACAGUGCUACUGCUUCUGCAUUGUUCACGUCGCUUCUUUCUUUGCAUAAUACCAGCUGGGGGUGCCUAUCAGAAGAUGGCUAAGUUGCAUACGAAAAUAAGUAGCUGAAUGCAUUGUUCAUAGUAUUCUUCAUACAUAUUCUUGUGACAUGGUGAAGGAAGGGGGAGAAACAUCUCGACUCUGGAAUUCGUUCUAUUAUGUAUAGGUAGAAUGACAUGCCAAGUGUAUUAUAUAUAUAAUUUUUGCUGUUUUUCAUGGUUUUUGAAUGUUGUCCAUGAAAACUUGUUGGAACUUUAUUUUCCUAGACAUCCUUAUAUCAGACGUACUUCGAUGCUUUUGUUAAUUGUAAUACAUACCAAAUUAACUAAGGGUUCUAUUAAUGUGGCAACUCAUCUUUUAAUUUGGUAACUCUGGUCGCUAAUAAAUCCCAAAUCAACCUUAACCCUAAAACAGAGAAGAAGAUGAUUGCAAUACUCAACAACCUUUCUAAAACAGAGAACAUGGCUUAUAAG